AUGGAUUUCCAAAACAAUACUUUUGGCAAUACUUCACACGUGCAGGCUGCUGCUCACAGCCUCUGGGAAGUCAUAACCAUCGCCACUGUGUCAGCCAUUGUCAGCUUGAUAACUAUAGUUGGAAAUGUCCUGGUUUUGCUAUCCUUCAAAGUAAACAGUCAGCUCAAGACUGUAAACAACUACUACCUGCUGAGUUUGGCCUUCGCUGACCUCAUCAUAGGAGUACUGUCCAUGAAUUUAUACACCACAUACAUACUGAUGGGGUACUGGUCUUUGGGGAACCUUGCUUGCGAUCUCUGGCUGGCAGUGGAUUACGUGGCUAGCAACGCCUCAGUUAUGAACUUGCUUGUUAUCAGCUUUGACAGAUACUUUUCUAUUACACGGCCACUGACUUACAGGGCAAAGAGGACUCCAAGGAGAGCUGCCAUCAUGAUUGGCCUGGCAUGGUUGGUAUCCUUUAUCCUUUGGGCACCUCCUAUUCUGUGCUGGCAGUACUUUGUUGGAGAGAGGAAUGUACCACCAGACCAGUGCCAAAUCCAGUUUUUAACUGAGCCUGUGAUCACAUUUGGGACAGCUAUUGCAGCUUUCUACAUCCCUGUCUCUGUCAUGACCAUCCUGUACUGCAGGAUCUAUAAAGAGACUCAAAAGCGCACAAAAGAUCUGGCAGAACUGCAAGGUCUCACCUCGGAGAACGUCCCGGAGGGGACUAAGCCACAGAAGGCCAUCAUUCGUUCCUGCUUUCAUUUCACCAGGGAGAGAAGAGAUCAGAGUCAGGCGUCCUGGUCCUCGUCCAAUCAGAGCAACGUCACUAAAACCACCACAAGGUCAGAUGAUGCAUGGGUCAAAGCCGACCAGAUCACUUCUUUUCACAGCUAUACAUCAUCAGAGGAUGAGGAGCAUCACGUCUCAAUAGAAACUCCUCAAAGGUCAUUUAAAGAACAGGAUAGUGGACAAAGUGACAAGAAUGGGCAGGUACCUGAUUAUACAGAGGAUCAGUAUUUUUCCACUCCUCAAAAGAGGAACCGUAAAAAAUGCAUCUCGUACAAAUUCAAACCUGGCUCAAAGAGCAAAAACUGCAGUCCGACAAGUGAAAAAGCAUGUCCACCGGAGUCAAAGCAGUCAGCAAACAACGCCUCGCCCUCCACCUCCUCCACCACCUCCAAACCCAUGGACCCCGCCCUGAAGAGCCAGAUCACCAAGAGGAAGAGGAUGGUGCUGGUGAAAGAGAAGAAGGCAGCCCAGACUCUCAGCGCCAUCCUCCUGGCCUUCAUCCUCACGUGGACGCCGUACAACAUCAUGGUGCUCAUCUCCACCUUCUGCGCCGUGUGCAUCCCCACCUCCCUCUGGCACCUGGGCUACUGGCUGUGCUACGUCAACAGCACCAUCAACCCCAUGUGCUACGCUCUCUGCAACAAGACCUUUCAGAAGACCUUCCGCAUGCUCCUGCUCUGCCAGUGGAGACGGAGGAGAGGUGGUCGCUAUGGCGACUCUGGCCCCAGAAAAACGUAA